AUGAAUAUGGUCAACGAGAAGCCGGCACUUCAACUGAAACGGCCAAAUGACAGUUCCGGGGAACCGACAACGAAAAAAGGUCGUUGCGAGCUGCCAGUGAAUAGUGUUCGUCGACAGUUGGCUGAAGCAAUUCGCAACAAUGACAUUUCAAUUAUUCUUGGCGAAACGGGCAGUGGAAAGAGCACUCAGAUACCUCAGAUUUGCUACGAGGAAGGUAUCAUUGGUGAUGGUGUAUUGGCUGUAACGCAACCUCGACGUGUUGCUGCCAUCACACUCGCACGACGUGUCUCGGCAGAAAUGAAGUCAAACCUUGGUGAAUUGGUAAAUUUUUACGAUAAAAAUUUGUCCCAUAUCUCGCUUGUAACGGAUUUUUCUUAUUACAAAUCACAGGAGUGUUCGAAGGAGGCGAUUAUUCGUUAA